AUUCACAAAUUUUUGCGCGAAAGUGUCUGUUGCCGUCUUGUGUGCUCUCGGUCGUUAUUGAGUUCAUAUGUCAAGUUAAAAGAAAAUUUCCUGCCAGAGCAGACACUAUACCGCAAACAUGGACGAAUAUGACGAAAUGUACGGGAUUGAGGAUGAUUUUGAACGACAGUUCGCAGAUGAGUUGGAAGUCAUGGCUGAAUUGGAGAGCAACAAUCCACCAGCUGCAAAAGUGUCUGAAUUUCGCAAUAAGCCGAUCACACAGACGUUCGAGGAAGCCCUUGUGUCCGGAGACCAGCCAUCAAGGAAAUCAGUAAAUAACCAGAAUCCAGAGAGCAUCUCUCCGCCGGUAUACGAGGAGGAAGAGGAGUCUCUGACCCCUAAACCCAAGAAAAGGAGGCAAGAUGUGGCGAAAAAGCUCCAGUUUGGCGUUGACCAAGAUGAUGACAUCACUCCUCCAUCUUCCCCAGAGGUUUACGACAGGGAAGUGAGAGACGGGCCUAGAUUUUCCCUAACCCUGAGUCCAGACAGACCAGCAGCAACAAAAAUAACGACAAAUGUUUUAGAUAUUAGUGGACUGGGAGCUUUACAGGAGUCACCGAAGCAGGUGACGGCAGCAAAACGUCAUGCUCAGAAACGCCCACCUGCAAUCGGAGAUUACAUCACAGUCACAGACUCUAUGGGAAACAGGGUCUACCUUAACAAGAAAGAGGAUGUGGAGAAGACACCAGACCCGAGAGCCUUCCGUAACUCGCUGAAUGGACUAGGACUGCUAGCUGUUCCCAUUGAAGUGCUCAAGGAACAGAUUGCAGAGAGACGGCAUCGACAAGUGGUGGAGGAAUCUCAAAGACUGACUGAACUUAUGAAGAGUGGAAUAGAUUCAGAUCUUCUCGCAGAAGAGCAGACAGACUCGGGUGUGGAUGGGGAUAGUGGGGAAGAUGAAGCAUCUUCACGACUUUGGGUGGAUCAGUUCUCACCACAGCACUACACUGAUCUGCUGAGUGAUGAUUUUACUAAUCGCUGUCUGCUGAAAUGGCUGAAGCUCUGGGACACUGUGGUCUUCGGGCGAGAGAGGAAAAGCCGUCCGGUCCCUGUAGAGGCCAGAUCAAAUUUUACAAACGCUCAAAAUCAAAACCAGGCCCAACGUUUCAAAACCAAGUCUCAAAUGACAGAAGAGAUACUAGAGGCUGAGCUAGACCAGUACAAAAGACCGAAAUUUAAGGUAGCGCUAUUAUCAGGUCCUCCUGGACUGGGGAAAACCACACUAGCACACAUUAUUGCAAAGCAUGCUGGUUACAAUGUAGUAGAAAUCAAUGCUAGUGAUGACCGUAGUGCAGAGCUCUUUCAGAAGCGCAUUGAUACUGCCACACAGAUGAAGUCUGUUCUGGGAGCCAAUGAAAAGCCCAACUGCCUUAUUAUAGAUGAAAUCGACGGAGCUCCUGCUGCUGCCAUUAAUAUCUUAUUGGCCACCCUGAACCGGAAGGACAGCAAGGAUGGAGAGGAAACAGGAGUCAAUGCCUUGAAAAAGAAAAAGAAAAAGCAAUCUGUGCUGCUUAGACCAAUCAUCUGCAUCUGCAAUGAUCUAUAUGUUCCAGCUCUAAGGCCACUGAGACAGCAAGCUUUCCUGCUGGUCUUUCCUCAGACUCUGCCAUCACGCUUGGCUCAAAGAUUAGCAGAGAUCAGCAGGCGUCAGGGAAUGAAAGCAGAUACAGGCACUCUGAUGGCCCUGUGUGAGAAAACUGACAAUGACAUCCGUUCUUGCAUCAACACAUUACAGUUUUUACACAGUCGUGGACAGAAGCACUUGGACCAGCGCAGUGUCAGCUCCAUGUGUGUGGGAUUGAAAGACCAAAACAAGGGACUGUUCUCAGUUUGGCAGGAGAUCUUUCAGCUUCCUCGACUGAAAAGGAAGCGGAUUGGUGGAGAUCCUUUCAGUGGUUAUGAUGAGUUGGGACCUAAAGAGGGUGCACAAAGGCUUCAGCACAUCUUACAUUUGGUCUCAUCUACUGGAGAACAUGAGAAACUCACUCAGGGCCUCUAUGACAACUUCCUAAGCAUGAAGCUGAAGGAUCCUGGGAUGUUGGGUGUUUGCUCUGGUCUUGACUGGCUGUGUUUCUCAGACUUGCUGAAUGAGUGUGUGUUGCAUGGACAGAACUAUUCGCUUAUGCGCUACUUCCCCUUCCUGCCCGCUGCCUUUCACCAGCUGUACGCCGCCACCUCUGUCCCGCGCAUCAAUUAUCCACACAGCCACUAUGAGGCCUUUACCAAAACUCAGCACAUCAGGAACGCCCUGCUCGCCAUGUUGAACGACAUCCCACCUGCCAUACAGAGCCGUGUUUGCAUGAGCUCUCUCUGUCUGGACAUCCUCAGCCUUCUGCUGGAGCUCAUCUCCCCCAAACUGAGACCGGUGAACCCUCAGCUUUACAGCACCAGGGAGAAGCAGCAGCUCUAUGAUCUGAUCGACACAAUGAUCAACUACAACCUGACCUACAGACAGGACCGAACGCCAGAGGGACAGUACACUUAUGUGCUGGAGCCUAAUAUUGAAGAUGUGGUGAAUUAUCCUGGUUUACCUCCUCGGAGACAGUUAACCUAUCAGGUGAAGCAGCUCAUCGCCAGGGAGACGGAACUGGAGAGGAUGAGGAGAGUAGAGAGAGCACAGCAGAGUCGAAACCCACAGAAAAUGGAGACCGUAAAUAAGAAUCAAGAAGAAAAGAAAACAGAAGUGAAGAAACAGACAAGCAGGAACCAUCAACAGAGGCUGGAGAACAUCGUAAAACAGACUGUGGUGGAGACCAGGCCCGAAUUGGACUUUUUUGGACGAGCCAUUGUACCCAAGGAGAAGCCUGUGGUCACUGCUACAAGUGAAGAUGGCAAAGUGAGUGGCGUGCUGAACAUUGGUAAAGCUGUGGGAAACAGCGACGUCUGGUUUCGUUUUAAUGAAGGUGUGUCCAAUGCAGUGCGCAGAAACGUUUACAUUCGAGAGUUGCUGUAAACUGAUCUGGAGAAAGGAUGAAGUACAUGUCAAAUCAAUCUGUAAAAAUCUAAAAUGUUCGGAAUAGUUAAACAAAACAGUCAUCUAAAUUGUUUGAAAAAGAAAAAAAAAACACUGGUUCCUCAUUUUCUUUUUAUUGUGCUGUUGUAUAGUUGUCUUACACUUUUAUAAAUACAUGUUUUCACAUUUGCUUUCUUUCUUAUUAUCAUGAGAGUAAACAACAAAGCAGAUUCACUGA